CAAUUAGGAUGCGUCAAGUGCGUAAUUUUCCUGAGUGCUUCUAAUAUCAAUCAAGUAUGAUGCAACGACUGGAAUGCGGCUGGGAAACUGCUGAUAUCGUUAUCAUUGAUUACAUUGUGGCGCUUAACUGGAAAUAUAGCAUUGCUGAUAAGAGGAUCCGAUUGGAUCCGGUUAUUUUCACUGUGCACUACUUUGUUUGGUUCUUAGAACUUCGAUUCCUCCAACCCUCUCUAUUGUAAUCGUGCUAUAUUAAUGUGGCUGGCCUAAAAUGUGUAUUCACACAGUAAGGAAACAGGAUUGUGGCUGUUGAAUGGAGCUACUUAAAUCUUCUACUGCUUCCUCUAUACUGAUACCGUUAAAAGAAUGUCAAACAUCGGAGGUUCUUAUGAGAAGAAAGGCGAUCAAAAUGCAGGUAUUACAUUGUCAGAAAUAGACUCCCACGCUGAUGGAGAGUCAAUUCUUCUGUCUCAAAAUGGAAAAUUGGUCAAAGCUGGAGAUCGCGAUGAGGCCAUGCUUUUACUAUUGCAGCACCAAGACCACAGUAUUGAGCUCGACUUGGAAAAAGAUCGGAAGUUGCUAUGGAAGAUUGACUGGUAUUUAAUGCCUAUAAUGUGUCUUUUGUAUUGUUUCCAAUACAUGGAUAAGGUUUCAAAUUCUUAUGCCUCAAUUUUGGGUCUCAGGUCAGACUUGGAAAUGAAAGGUGAUAUGUUCUCUUGGUCUGGCUCUGCAUUCUAUCUUGGAUAUCUAUUCUUCGAAUAUCCUGCUGUCAGAAUAUUACAGAAAUUUCCCGUUGCUAAAGCUGUUGGUAUUUUUGUGGUCUUGUGGGGUAUUGUACUUUGUCUUCAUUCUGUUCCUAACUAUGCGGGUUUUAUUACGUUGCGUACUAUCCUUGGAAUGCUUGAAUCGAGUAUUACCCCAGCAUUUGUUAUCAUCACUGGGCAGUAUUAUCGCAAAGAGGAGACAUUUUUACGAACUGCUCUAUGGUUCUCUUCUAAUGGGAUUGGAACAAUUAUAGGAAGUGGGGCAAUUGCGUACAACAUUUUAGAAGAUGAGAAGAAUUAUUCCUUAGCAGCAUGGAAGCUUGUCUUUAUUAUCACAGGCGCAUUAACAAUCUUCUUGGGAAUUAUUAUUCUAGUUCAUCUUCCUGACAGCCCUGCUAAUGCCUGGUUCUUAAAUGAGGAGGAAAAGCUACUAGUGGUGGCCCGCAUACGAGCCAAUCAACAAGGAUUCGGAAAUAAACACUUUAAGUGGAAUCAAUUCAAAGAGGCAUUUCUUGAUAUCAAAACAUGGCUAUUUUUCUUUACUGCAAUUACAGGGAACAUACCCAAUGGAGGUCUUACUAACUUCUCUAGCAUUCUCUUAACAAGCGAUCUAGGGUUUUCUACCAAAAAAGCUUUACUUAUGCAGAUUCCGAAUGGGGCGAUUGAGUUCGUUGUCUGUUCUCUCUUUGCGUACUUCUCAAAGUAUGUGAAGUCUAGAAUGUUUUGGGCAAUAUUGGCACUGUGGAUCAGUGUGCUUGGUCAACUAUUAUUGUCAUUCGCAAGUAAUAACAAGGUUCAGUUAGCAGGCUACUGGAUUCAAGCUGUCGGUCCCGUUUCCUUUAUAUGCAUAUUGUCAAGCGUUGCAAGUAAUGUUGCAGGCCAUACAAAGAAAACGACAGUCAAUGCUAUUUUGUUAAUCGGUUAUUGUGUGGGUAACUUGAUAGGACCACAAACAUUUUUAGCUUCCGAGGCUCCUCAUUACUCUACAGCAAAAACUUGUAUAGCUGUUUUUUCAUUGCUUUCAGCUGUCAUUUUGAUACUAAUCUUUGUUACCUAUUGGUUCGAGAAUAGACUGAAGGACAAACGUGAAAAUGACUUGGAAAAGGAAAAGUUUGGGGAAAUCCAACAUAUUGAGUUUGCAGACCUAACAGACAAACAAAAUCCUUAUUUCAGAUACUCGUUUUAGUUUUUGACUUAUGAUCAUGUAUCUUAAUUCAGUUCUGCGUAGUCUAGUAUUUCAUCAAAGCUGAACCAUAUUGAGGGUUUCAUUAUCAUGGAAAUGCCUUCAAUUGUUCAGCCUAUGACUUUGAAAACUUGAUGCAAGUUUCAAUGUUUUUAUGAAUUACAAUCAAACAUAUUUAAUUUCAUAGAAUAAAUGGGAGUAUUCAAGUACCUGAAU